AACGGUCUGUCAAAGCUGAGCCUGAAGAAGCUAAGGCUAAGCUAGUUCAUGAACUUAACACGGAGAGCCAGUUUUCUGGCUAAUGAUAAAGUUUCUAAGUAUAAAUGGUCUGAAGUGUGGAGGGUGUUAGACACACCAGCAGCGCGUGUCCUUGUCCUUUCUGUUUAAGGUCACAUGUUUAUUCCGCUUGUCUCUGCUGAUGUACCACCUGAAACAUUUCAUUUAUUCAGGUUUAAAGUUUACUUCUGUCCAAGCUCAACCUUGUAAAAUCAGAGGGACCUUAAUUAAAUAGAUUUCUGAACAUGUACACCGUGGCCACACCUCAUAGCCGGACCCUCCCUAGUCGCCCAUCCCUGCCCUAGUAACGGACUCAGUGAGCUGGCACGCUUAUCUCUGGCCCCAGAGACACGUUGGGGUGGAGGGUAGGCGGUGCGCUUCAGUUAGAAACAGCUCCGUCUGUGCUGCAGAGGCUGUAGGACCUCAGUCAGCUUGGCUUCUUACACCAGGCAGCAGCCAGUCCCAGACACAGCAGCGUUAGCAGUUAGCCUCCACAGAGCAGCAUCUCAGGCCAGGGAGUCGGGAUCAUGGAGGAAGGACCUUACAAAUGCAUCAGGGAUGGAAGCGGUAGAGUCAGCCGGGUCAUCAGGAUCGGGACCCGGAAGAGCCAGCUGGCUCGCAUCCAGACGGACAGCGUGGCCGACAAGCUGAGACAACUCUACCCGGACGUCCACUUAGACAUCGUUGCCAUGUCAACAACAGGAGAUAAAAUCCUCGACACGGCUUUAUCCAAGAUUGGUGAGAAGAGUUUGUUCACCAAAGAGCUGGAGAACGCUCUGGAGAGGAACGAGGUCGACCUGGUGGUCCACUCGCUCAAAGACCUUCCCACCACCCUGCCUCCCGGAUUCACCAUCGGAGCCGUGCUGAAGAGGGACAGCCCCUACGACGCUGUGGUCCUACAUCCCAGCAACGCAGGGAAAACUCUGGACACUCUGCCAGAAAACAGUGUGAUUGGCACCAGUUCGCUUCGUCGCGCUGCCCAGCUGAAGAAGAGGUUCCCCCACCUGGACUUCAAAGAUAUCCGCGGAAACCUGAACACGCGGCUGAAAAAGCUGGAUGAGAAGGACGACUUUGCUGCCAUCAUCCUGGCUGCUGCUGGGCUCAGCAGGAUGGGUUGGGAGAACCGGAUCAGCACGAUCCUGGAGCCUGAGGACUGCAUGUACGCUGUCGGACAGGGGGCGUUGGCAGUGGAGGUUCGAGCCAGAGAUGCAGACAUCCUGGAGAUGGUGUCCGUCCUCCAUGACCCCGACACGGUGCUGCGCUGCAUCGCUGAGAGAGCCUUCCUCAAACAGCUGGAGGGUGGCUGCAGCGUUCCGGUGGCCGUGCACACCCAGGUGAAAGAUUCCCAGCUCUACCUGACCGGGGCUGUGUACAGUCUGGAUGGCUCAGACAGUCUGAAGGAGACCAUGCAGACCAGCAUCGCUGCUGGAGACCAGCAGAGCUCGGAGCCGGUGGACGAGCAGGUGCAGCGAGUGGGAGUCACAGCCUGCAGUAUCCCAGGAGAUUCCCAGGACCGAGCUGAGCGGCUGGGCGUGGACCUGGCCAACUUACUGCUGAGCAAGGGAGCCAAGAACAUCCUGACGGUGGCCAGGCAGCUCAACGAUGCCAGAUAAUCCUGCUCGGGACGAGCGGUCACACACAACCUUGAUUCAAGAAGAAACACGAACUCCGUCUUCCUGAUGCUGAUGGUGUCCUUGUGCAGCAUCGGGGAGGGUUUCAGACACUCCUUGAACCAAAGCUGUGCUCAGAUGUGACUACUCCUGUGACUCAGUCUUGGUUCCAGCCUUUUCUUAAACUCAGUACCUCAAGUAGCCACCUGAGCCACAGAAAAGCCCGACUGGCCCAUUAAACAGCCUUCAGAUGUGCUCAGAACGAGAAGCUGAACUUAGUUAACUUAAAGAGAAGGAAAGUGGAUUUAGUCUGUGCUCUGGAAUCUGUUUAAGCUCAAACAGCAGAAAAAUGUUCACGUAAAAAGUGGAGUCAUUCGAGUCGUAAUGAGUUUGUGUUUUCCUGCCAGCUGCAGGAGGUGUGUGUGGGUGGCUUCUUAGCUGCCCGCCUGCUCGUGGUGCAUGUUGAGCUUCGUUCUCAUGCUUCAUACGUGGCGCUACGGGCAGGCGUGACGCUCGUCUGCUGCGUCUCAUCCUGUUGCUUUCCACACUUCUAACUUCCAUCUCUGCAAAUGCCGGAAUAAUCGGCAGCUUCCUGCCUUUAACCUUAAUGUUUCUCAUUCAGCUUUAAUUUCUGUAUGAACUGAAGUUGUUUACGUUCACUUGUCAUAAUAUGUUCAUCACAAACAUGUACAUGUUUAUUUUCUACAUAUGUGAGCAUCAUACGUCAGUAAAGUUCAGUUAAAUGUUCA